CCUUCUUAAUCCUGAAGUGUAUUAGGUGCUGCUGUUGCUACUAGUGUUGAGUCCAGAACCGUAGCUGGACAUGGGUCUGGAGGACGAACAAAAGAUGCUGACCAGAUCCAGAGAUCCCAAGGAGGAGGAAGAGGAAGAGGAGGAACUAGUGGACCCCCUAACAACAGUGAGAGAACAAUGCGAGCAGCUGGAGAAAUGUGUAAAGGCCCAGGAGCGGCUAGAGCUCUGUGAUGAGCGUGUCUCCUCCCAAUCACAUACAGAAGAGGAUUGCACAGAGGAGCUCUUUGACUUCUUGCAUGCAGGGGACCACUGUGUGGCCCACAAACUCUUCAACAGCUUGAAAUGAAUGUGCAGACUCAUUUACCUCAGUCUUCAUCACCUAGGCAUCAGGAUACUUCCUUAUGGAUUUGAACAUGCCAUUUUUUUU